AACAGCUCUCCGCGUACACACCUGUCCCCUGGAGUGACACGUUCUAUUUCAGUGCUCAGCGUCAUUUCGUGCUUCCAUGCCAUACCCUCAUUUGUGAUGACGACACACCACGAACUGUGCCGACGACUGCCUUACACGCUUCAGGCAUGUGAAAAAAACAGCUUGUCGUCAGCAACAGCUAAAGAUGCUAUGCGCAUCGCCGACACACCACACCUCCAGUCUCCUUCAGUUACUAUUCAGUCAGCCUCACCUACUUCAAGCAGGUGGCACUUGUGGCUGGUGACGUUUUGUUUCGUGAGUUCUCUCAGGCUAGGACAUUGCCACAGGGAGACGGAGAACAGACACUGAUAAAUGAGACAAUGGAAAGUGAAAAGAUGCAGAGAAAUGUUAUACUUCUAAGUGCUUCAAAGAGAGAGCUGUUUUCACUGAGUAGUGGCUUCAAAUCAUUAAAUAGGCGACUGAGGUCGUCAUGGAAAUUAGUUGGAAACAAGGAGGAUGUAACAGAUGAGAAGCUGUCGCAAGCAAGAGUAUUUGUAGUUGCAGGCCCAAGAGAGAAAUUUACAGGAGCAGAGUUUACUGCUAUGAAGAAAUACUUGGAUGCUGGGGGAAGCCUACUGGUUAUGUUGGGAGAGGGUGGUGAGACAAAGUUUGAAACAAAUAUCAAUUUCUUUCUUGAGGAAUACGGUAUAAUGAUCAAUAAUGAUUCUGUGGUGCGAAACUCUUACUACAAAUAUUUUCAUCCAAAGGAAGUUUUGGUUGCUAAUGGAGUUUUGAACCGAGCGAUUGCACAGGCUGCAGGGAAAAACUUGGGUUUUGGAGGAGAUGAGGAAGGAAACAAUGCACAGGCAUUGUCCUUUUUAUAUCCAUUUGGUGCAACAAUUAAUGUGGCAAAACCAGCAGUAGCUGUUCUUUCCACUGGCAGUGUAAGCUGUCCACUUAAUCGUCCUGUCUGUGCUCUGCACACUGUGAGACAAAGUAGAGGCAAACUUGUUGUCCUUGGUUCAACCCACAUGUUCAGUGAUCAGUAUUUGGACAAAGAAGACAAUGGAAAAAUUCUUGAUGUCUUAAUACAGUUUCUCACCACGGAUGACAUUAGAUUAAACACCAUUGAUGCUGAGGAUCCUGAAAUAUCUGAUUAUAAUCAGCUGCCAGAUGUGGCUCUUCUAUCAGAACAGCUGAAAACAUGUCUGCAAGAGAGUGAUGACAUCCCUCGUGAUAUCACAACUCUCUUUGACAACUCUCUUUUUCGCCUUGACACCAGUCUUGUCUCUAAGUCCAUAAAAGCCUUUGAUCAGCUGUCAGUGAAACAUGAGCCCCUUACUUUAAUAACACCACAGUUUGAAACACCACUGCCUCCACUACAGCCAGCAGUUUUUCCUCCAGCUUUCAGGGAAUUGCCACCACCUUCUCUUGAACUAUUUGACUUGGAUGAGCAGUUCUCCUCAGAAAAAGUCAGAAUUGCACAGAUCACUAAUAAAUGUACAGAUGAUGAUUUGGAGUAUUAUGUUCGAGAGUGUGGUGGCAUUCUUGGGGUAACCCAUAAUUUGCCACAAGACAGCCGCACAGCUAAGCAUAUCCUUGAACACAUCUUUACACAAAUCGUGGAGUUCAAGAAACUCAAUCAAGAACGAGAGUAUGACAAUCUUCAGUAUGGAGUUCCACUUGAAUGAUCUUGACAAGUACCAGUCACUCUGUGAUGCUUGUUCAUAUUUUUGCCCAUCAGUAGCCCUGUUCUGCAAAUUCCUGAUUCCAUGAAAAAACUUAUGCAGUGCUGUCGGAAGUCAUACAACAGUAUCUGAUGGUGUCAUCUACAAUGGGGUUAAACUGGUCUUAAGAGGGUAGAAGAGUUAUGUUACAGAUAGUAGCUCGUGAAUGACAUAAAAUAAAUAUUUAAUUUCUUCUGUUAAUGUUUCACUAGUCUACAUGUACCAUAAAGAUUUUGAUAGAUAUACCAGGCUCUCAUGCUUAGUAUAUCAGGUGUUUGUUCAAGGUGAGGUAAAAAUAUUGCAAGCCCUCUAAAUAUUGACUUUACAGUUUUUGUAAAGAGUUUUAUCUAAGGUUGGUAUCAAGCCAUUUUAUCAUCAUCAUUAUCAACAAUCAUCAUCAUACAUAUAGCACAGUAUAUUAAUUAGCCCUGUGGGAAAUUAAAAAAUAUCUACAAAAAGUUCCCAAACUAAGUCAAUGACAAAUACGAAAAACAUAGCAAAGACUGAGAUUGAGCUGUUUGCUGUUCAGCAAAGGGCAUAGGAGGAACACUGCAGAUCUUUCCUCUGACAAAAUUUGUCUUUUUCAGGAAAUAAUUUUUUAUUCAUUACUUGAGAUUAAGAAAAUAUGACCGACAGCAUUAUAUUUAACAGUAAAAGCUCAUCAUUUCUGAAUCCUAUUCACUGGCGAAUUGAGCAACUACUUUUGUGGACCAAGAAUAUGCUUAUGAAAUAGUUACAGGAGUGAAGAAGUAAACAAAAAGCACUUUUUUUCAUGAUUUUUGUAAACCACACUCUCUUAAACCACAUCUUUAAAAAUAAAAUGUGAUAUUUUCAUAAAGUAUUGAACACAGCAUGUUACAUGGAAUGAAAUAAAGGUAUUAAGCAGAGCAACUGAUCUUUUCUGUUUGUAGAAAUGUUUAAACAUGUUUAUGUACAUGUUUUGUUCUUCUUUCUUUGGGAGAUGAGACUAAUGAAUUAUAAUUCACUUCCCAGUGAAAGUGCCCAAUGUAAAGCUUAUGACAGGAACAAGCUGGAUAGGGAAAGGGAACCACAUUUAUUUCUGUCACAGAUGGAAAAACUUCACAUUGAAUGGCUGUUGGCAAUGUGUUUCAAAAUAAAAAAGAAAAUAUGUUGUCGCACCUGUUAAGAUCGUUACUAUCGCUUGUUUUAGUUGUCAUAUAUUAAAGAACAAGGCAAGAUUAAAAUGAGCAGUGACAUAAAAUGUUAAUGCCAGAACACAGUUUCAGGUUUCAGCCUAUGAUGAUCUAGAUUGAGUAAACAAGAAGGUUUAUGCUAAAAUUUAAUUUGAUAAAAGCCUUGUUGUUUUUGUCCUGCAUCAUGUACUUCAUGUUAUACACAUAGCAGAGCAAUUAAAUUGCCUGUUAAAAUGAAUUCAUAUAUCUACUGUUUAUGUGCAAAGUGGUAAUUGCUUCUUAUUUCAAUGAUUUUGUUAUGCAUAUUAUUCAUGUCAGAGGUUUAAUGUGUUAGGAUAGAUAUAUUUACAAUUCCAGUUGUUUUUUGUUUUUUUUUAAGAAGUAAAAACUUUAGGUCUAUUG